UUAUAGAAACACAAAACAAGGAUCUACAGGUACAUAUACAUGUAGCUCAGUUUGCACUCUAUUCGAAUUAACUACGAUCUAUAGGCCCCUACACACGGACGUGGAUGUAUGAAAACAUGUACGUACAUACCUGUACAUGAACGCGCAAUCAGAAACGUGUACAUCGCUACCCUAAAGACGUUAGUACAAAACUAUCAGUAUUUUGGCAAGUGAUAUUGGUCUAAAAAUUGGCUUUCAAAACGACAAAUGUGUUCCCACAUUAACCUUACGAUGGACGAAAAAACUUAUGUGGAACUUUUGAACAUGGUUACUCCAUUGAUAAAACGCCAAGAUACAUUAAUGAGAACCGCAAUAUCUCCAUACGAACGACUAAGUGCAACGCUAAGGUAUUUAGCAACUGGAAGAAAUUACCAAGACCUAAAAUUUACUACAGUAAUAUCUGCACAAGCCCUGAGUUAAAUAAUUCCCAAAACAUGUCAAGCAAUCCACCAAGUUUUGCACAAAAAAUACAUGAAGUUUCCUACAACAGAAGCAGAAUGGAGAAGUAUUGCUCAGGUCUUUGAAGCCCGUUGCAACAUUCCAAAUUGUAUAGGGGCGGUGGAUGGCAAACAUGUAAAUAUACUACCGCCACCGAAUAGCGGAGCAUAUUAUUAUAACUACAAAGGAUACAACAGUUUAGUACUGAUGGCCAUAUGUGACGCAAAUUGUGAAUUCAUAAUGUGUGAUUGGUGGUGUGAAUGGACGAAUAUUAGAUGGAGGAGUUAUUGCAUACACUCAGUUUUACAAAAAACUUAAAAGUGGAACUCUACACCUGCCACAGCCGUCAAAUCCACAAAAUAGUCAAAGAGAACUGCCAUUCAUGUUCAUUGGUGACGAGGCUUUCGCAUUACGUACAGAUUUUUUAAAACCUUAUAGUCAGAGAGAUCUGGAUCAUGACAGAAAAAUUUUUACCGAUUACCUCGAGGAAGCAGCAAAAUAGAAAAUUCAUUUGGAAUAUUGGCUGCAAGAUUUCAAGUUUUCCAAACUGCUAUUCGGUUACACUUAAAAUCAAUAGACAAAGUGGUAAUGACUUGCUGCGUUCUCCAUAAUUUUUUAAGACGUAAGUGUGGCAAGUCAUAUACACCCUCAGAGUGUUCUGACGAAGAAAACAUAAUGGACGGUACUGUACAAGUAGGACUUGGACCCGAUUCAAAUAUUUUCGCUGGUCUGCACGGUGGCUAUAGUAGAAACUUUACCAGAGAAGCAAAUCGAGUGCGACAAUUAUUUACUCAGUACUUUAAUCAAGAAGGAGCUGUUUCUUGGCAAGAACGAAUGAUACAUUUGCCUAAUUUAAAACUGUCAAAUUUAUAAAAAUAAAUCGAU